CGUUGUGAUGUUUAUUCUCUGCGUCGUCGUGCUCUCGCGAAAGCGCGACCGGGGUGAUCCUGUUCCGCGUUUCCUGCUAUUCACGAUCUGUCUCCAAUUUGCCUUGUGCAGCGCGCACAUUGGGGUUGCAUUCGGAGCCGGGAUUCAUGCAUUUUUGGCACCCAUCCAGAACUCGGUCACCUUGACUGUCACCAAGUGGGACUCUCCGCUCGGAAUCUUUACGGCCCUGCAGCAACAAUUCUACGGCUGGAAUGUUCGUCUCUUGUUUGAGUUUAUUGGGCGCUUGUUUGACCACUUUCCAGAACCUGAUCGGGGACCUUGUUCUUAUAUGGCGCCUCUACGUAGUAUACGGCAACAACUGGCAAAUCACUAUCCUUCCUCUGCUUCUGGCCUUUGCGGCAGAAGGAUGCACGCAGUACGGAGGACUGGUCACGUUCAUCAAUCCAGCGAAAAUCAUUGCGCAGCAGAAGGCAACAAAGGCCGGUAAAACAAGUGUCGUGUCACAGGUGGUGACGGCAGGCUUCUCCUUGACGGCAGCAACCCAACUUCUGGUCACUCUCCUUCUCGCAUUCAAGAUCUACACCGCCACGCGCUCCAUCGGCCAGCUUUCGGACAGGAAGGCGUCACGAUACUCCAGUCUGAUCUGGACAUUGGUCGAGUCCGGUGCUGCAAUGGCAGCUGGGGAGAUCAUCUUCGUGGCUGUCUGGCAAACAGCUCACGGAGCUGCAGCCCAACUGGUUCUGGCCAUUCUCGGCCAACUUUGUGCCCUGGUUCCUUUUUCCAUCUUUGUCCGCAUCGGUCUCCGGCUUGCAUUCGAAGGAAAGCACGCGACAUACUAUGCAUCAUCGAACUCUGUGCCUGCUUCCGGUACCCUCCAAAGCAUCCAAUUUGCGCGUUCGCCUCACACUCAGGACGAGAGCACUGGCCAGCUUUCCGAGUUCAAGGAACGCUCGUGGGGAUCCCAGAAUCAAGAGGUUUGAAUAAGAUGGCUUGAUACGGAUUUGCUUCGAAUACUGCAUGUACUAUUCCCAGUCUAUUAACUACUCUCGUUCAACUUGCUUUUC